GUCCGCGCCCCCAAGAACCCCGAUACUGACAGCCCAGGGAGUAUGGAGUCGUCAGACAAUAAAAUCAAGGUGGAAAAUUUCAUCUUGCAAGCAACACCCGACAGAGAGGUUGUUGGCAUGUUGCAGCGGCUAGAAGUUAUCAUGGAGCAGCACAUCGAGAACUACUACCACGUUAAACCGAUAGACAUCGGUGUAUCGGUUCUGGCUGAGCAGCUCACGAAUCUGGGCAUCAGCCAGGAUUCCUCGGGGUUCGAAGCUGAGGCUGUCGCUAAGUGGUGUCUGCAUCCUGCUUCUCGUCGAUUGGGCCUUCAGCAUGUUGUCUCGCAUGUUCUUUUCAACAGUAUUGACUGCAACUCCCGGAACGGCAUAUCAUUACUACCAGGACCUGCAAUCAACUUCCUCCGGUCUAUUCGCUCAAUCGAUAAGUCCCGAGAAGACUUCAAUGUUAUGUCAGUCGUCUUGACAAAGUGGCGUACCCUGUCCGCCCUGCUACUUCAUCCCAACCCCAGUGAGAGAACGCCCCUUGAGGUGUCUGAGCGUGCAGUGAGACAUCAAGCAGAGGAGCUUGUUAAGGAACUGGAUGCAUUUCUCCACUGUUUCGUUACGCCUGAUCAAGAUAACUUGCAGAAACAGCGCCACCACAUGUAUUCCAUCAUUGUUGAGGCGGCUAAACUCGGCUAUGCACUGUUUUCGCACACUGGCGACUGGCGGUUCAUUUACAAAGACAUGGGUACGCCAAGGGCUGUCGUUCUAUGCGUCGGCUUGCAGAAGCUGAGCCAUCGGGAUGGGCGGCGACUCUCGUCACCCCAGCUGGUUGUGGAGCCACGUCUGGCUACUGUGUAGUGCCUAGUAGAGUUGAAGCCAUAUUCUUUAUAUUUACAGUUUUUAAUUAUCAGUAUUCA